AUGGACAAGGAGAGUAGUGAGAGCGACGGCAUAGAAAAGUUGCCGGAGGAGAUGUGGCAAGAGGUGCUCAGGUGGCUCCCGCUACCGGACCUCUACGCAGCCGCCCUGGCGUGCCGAAGCUGGGCGACUUUGUCCCUCUACGACGAGGCCUUCUGGCGACAGCUUGUUGAGUGCAAGUGCGGAGCGGACUUGGUGAAGCCGCCCCACAAAAGCUGGCAGUGGCUCUAUCGCUCCAAGCAGGAAGUACCACCGGAGAAGGCGGCCUCCUUCACCGGUGUUGGGCGGCGAGUCGAAUCCGUAACCACCUACGAGGGUGAUAUGGUCGAUGGCCUCCGCGAUGGCUGUGGUGUACUUUACCAGGCAUGGGGCGCUGUCUAUGUGGGCGAGUUCAAGGCAGGGAACCAGCACGGGUCUGGCAAAGAAACCGAGAAAAACGGUGAUUACUACGACGGUGAGUGGGCAGAUGGCAAACCCCACGGACAAGGCGAGAAACGAUGGGUAGAGAGUGGGACCUUCAAGGGUACAUGGGUGGAAGGCCACAGGAUCGGCUACGGCACCUACGAGUGGUUCGACGGGCACAAGUUUUGUGGUAUGUGGAAGGACACCCAGCAGGACGGCCAAGGCGUGUACCAAUGGAGUGACGGCCGCAAAUACGAUGGGGAGUGGUCAGAUGGCAAUAAGCACGGUGUUGGUACCUACGUCUGGCCGAAUGGCUGUCGCUACACUGGACAGUGGGAACGCAACCAACGGCACGGCCAGGGCGAGAUGGUCUGGGAAGACGGCACCCGUUUUGUGGGCUUGUGGCGGUACGAUCUGCGGCAGGUGGUCGCCGGCCAGGCCCAGUGCUUCGACGCCGACGGCCAACCCACAUCACCCACCCGGCCCGACUUCGCCCUGGGUGCCAAGACCUUUGACGACUACUUCUCCCUGGACGAGGAGUUGUGGGACGUCAAGUACGCCUCGCACCACUAA